UGCUUUGCUUCUGCAGCCCGCACCUCUGUCCUCUGGGUCCCUGCCCCCGGGGAGCACGAGCCCGGAGAGGAGCCCGCGGCCCCCACCCAGCACCCCUGCCCUGUCCCCGCCUCCCCGCCCUCCUGCAGACCGUUACCAUGAAGCUGAACCCGGUCGUCACCUCGGACCGCAGCAAGAACCGCAAACGCCACUUCAACGCCCCCUCGCACGUGCGCCGGGAGAUCGUGUUGCCGCUGUCCAAGGAGCUGCGGCAGAAGUACAGCGUGCGCUCCUCCAUGCCCAUCCGCAAGGACGGCGAGGUCCAGUCCCCCAGCACCUCGGGAGUGAUCUCUGAGCAGAGCCUGAGUAUGGCCCCAAAACAAAAAGGAGGAGGGGGGCAUCGAGGCCGAGAAUUUUCUGUGGAAUUUGGAAUCGAACAGAAUCUACAAGAGGAGGUGGUUCGAGGGCACUGCAAAGGCCAACAAAUCGGAGAGAUGGUCUAGGUGUACAGAAAGAAAUACGUCGUCUACAUUGAGCGGUGCAGCAGGAGAAGGCCAGUCGCGCGACCACCCACGUGGGCAUUCACCCCAGCAAGGCACCACUCGGGGCCGGAAGCCCGGGCAGGCUCCACUGAUGCAGUGGUCUGAUGGUAUCAUCGUGAUUCAGAUUCAGAUCCUUGUGUGCCGUCCUGGUAAAGGCUGUCUGCAGCCCGGGGCCGGGCCAGGGGUUCCCACAUGUCACUCUGCCAAGGGAGCAGAGAGCAACCCGUCUUCAAUGUGAUAAGCUGUAAAAAACUAAGGCUCGCCGAGGGGGCGAGUGCACUCGAGGGCUCUCUAGGCGGCUCUGUCUCACCACCCGCGUUCGGUGCUCUGGAACCGCAGUGUGUGGACUGGAUCGGGACGGCCGGUGGUCAAGGACAGGCGAAGGAAGAACGAGGACCAAGCUGGUUGCUGAUUAGUUACCGUUUAUUCAAUCUUUCAUCUUUCUCAUCUCCCGCACUCCCAGCUCCGGCCUCUCUCUGGAUCUACUGCUCAACUCUGCCUCUCUCUGGCUUCUCUCUCUCCUCCUCCUUGUCUCUCCCACCUUGCCCUCUAGGCUACAACCAGCCAGGUAGCCAAAUUAACAUAAGAAAGCCCUUCCUGAGGGCAGGGCACUCCAAAGCCCUUCCUCACUCUUAAGGUUUUUUUCUUUUCCUUAGUCCAGGAACUUAUUAACAUCUCAAUACUAGUUAUUUUUGUAUGGACAUAGCAAGGGAUACAUUGAGGCUUGCAAGGCAGCUCUCCUGGCAACAUCUUGCCACAGGCUCAGACCACAGCACUCAGGCCAGAUUAAUCAUUCCUCACCCUAGCAGGGUCCAAAUCUAGUAUCACUGUUUGGAUCAUGACAGCAUUUGUCCAUGAUCAAGCUCUUAACUUAUAGUUAAGCAUUAGGCACUUUGGCCAGGCCCAUCUCGAUGCCAGGGUAGCACACAACUCACCGCUUGCCCUGGGUCCUUCUUGUCCCACGUCGGGACCGUGCUUUGGGGGUGCUAGGAAGUAAGGGCAGCUGAGGCUUAGGUAAGAGAACAGAUGCCCUGGAGGAAAAUAUCAUGUAGAGUCAAAUGACUCCCAGGUUACAAAAGCAUAACAUUUGUUAAGUCUUCCUGUAUCCAUACAAAAAGGACUUGCUCUGAAUAAACUAUGCAAAGGACUCAAGGAGAAGAGAAAAACAGUAUUUACAAGUCAACAGAACACUAAGAAAGAAGCUACAAAUAAAUAAAGAGGAAUAGGAGCACUGUAAUGGGAGUAACCCAAUAAACCUAAACUACUGAGGCUAUGUUAUCCUACAAUAAGCCUUUUCUUUCUCUCUUUUUUUUUUUUUUUUUUGCUUUUUAGGGUCACACCUGGCAAUGCUCAGGGGUUCCUCCUGGCUCUGCACCCAUGAGUUACUCCUGGCAGUGCUUGGGGCACUCUAUGGGAUGCCGGGGAUUGAACCCGGGUUGGCCACAUGCCAGGAAAAUGCCCUACCUGCUCGACUAUCGCUCAGGCCCCGCGAUAAGCUUUUUCUUUUCUUUUGAUUUGUUUUUGGUUUUGUUCUACAUCCAGUGCUCAGGGGUUACUCCUGGCUCUGUGUUCAGGGGUCACUCCUGACAGGGCUUGGGGGAACCAUAUGGGGUGCUGGGAAUUGCACCGGGGCCAGCCGUGUGCAAGGCAUGUAUCCUACCCACUGAGCUUUCUCCAGCUGCAGGAGAAGUUCUUCCACUGCAGGCAGGAUGCUCAGCCUGGCUCUCCCACCCAGCAGUGAGCAGCAGUCAGGGCUUGUUGGUUUUGUGUUUAAGAAAUGUGUUUGCCAGCCAGGAGGAUCCCCUAGCCGGCGGGGCGGCGUGUCGGCAGUGGUCUUCUCACUCACACAGGACUUCCUGUCCCUGCGGAAUUGUCUCAGCGUCCAAGCUGGAGGCGGGGGUGGGGGAUGCUGCCUGCGGAUUGGGUGAGCCCCUCACUCCUCGCAGGUGGUCAUCACCAGGCUAACACUGGACAGAGAUCCGGAAAAAGUUCUUGAACACAAAGCAAAAUCCCGACAUGUUGGGAAAGAAAAAGGCGAGUACAAGGAAGAGCUGAGUGAGAAGAUGCAGGUGUGAGCGUGGCCGCGCGGUGCCUGUGCCUGGGCCCUUGUGCUUCCUCCCCCUUUUGUCUUGUUACUGGCCUGGCGCUCUGUAAACUGACCUCUUAUACUUCCCGUGGGCUUGAUGAAUAAACACAGGGCAUGUUCCUGACUGCAUGUGAAUUUGCGUGUUUGAUAGCCGCCACCCCACACCCGGUUUCCGCGGGUGCCUUUGGCACGCUGGACCUGCAGAGCAGUGGCCUCCUCUCGGGUCAGGCUUGGGCUCCUGUCCCCUCACCUGUCCUGCGUCUCUCAGGCCUCGUGCCUGUGCUCGGACCAGCCUCCGCCCCUCCGUCUCCAUCACCGGAGGCCGGCACCCUCACGGCUGCGGUACCUCAGACCCGAGUGGACUCCACGUCCAGCUUCUACUUAAGGCUCAGUCCCAGAGCCUCUCCUUUGGCCUUGAUGGUCUAUAACCUAUAACUGAAAAUACAGCACACUGGGCCCGUGAUUCCUCUCACCACAAAGCUAGAGCAACUUUGUGGUUUCUUUUUUUUUUUUUUUUUGCUUUUUUUUGGGUCACAUCCAGCAAUGCACAGGGGUUACUCCUGGCUCUGCACUCAGGAAUUACCCCUGGCGGUGCUCAGGGGACCAUAUGGGAUGCUGGGAAUCGAACCCGGGUCGGCCGCGUGCAAGGUAAACGCCCUACCUGCUGUGCUAUCACUCCAGCCCCAACUUUGUGGUUUCUUUAUAAACGCCGACAGAAUUAUUUCCAUGUUGGGUGUAGAGUGGCUGCCCUUGGCCUGGCACGUGUGGCUGACCUGAUCUCAGUGCCCAGCACCCCAUAGGAUCCCCGGGGCUCCCCCAGGAGUGAUCCCUGAGAGCAGAGUGACUUCCAUUUGAGCCCAUUCAGGAAAAGAGAUUUUUUUUUUU